UGUGAUGCUCCUCAGAUUCUGCUCGGAUGUGCAGACCAAGCUGGCCACGGUCAAGAAAAGGAGUCAUCCUCUUCUUGGCCUGUCUUGCUCCUCCCCCUGCUCUGAGUUAUGCAGUAUUUCAGCCUUCAGGAGAAUAAGGAAAGCCAGACAUUACAGAGCCAGAGCAACAAGACACUGUCAACCUCACAGGCUCUCAGUCACAUCUUUUGACGAUACCCUUGAAAGCUGGAAAUUGUGCCUCCAGAUUUUGGUCAUUAGUCAGUUAAUUUCAUCCUCUACAUCACAUCAGCCACGAGGGCUGGCUCCUCCCACGUUGUGAGCACUCACGCUUGUUUCUGGAAUAUAUGGCUCCGUGAUCUUUGGUUGUCCAGGUAGAGUUUCUCCGUGUCUAAACGUAUAAUUCCCGGCCACGUCUUCUUCUGGACGACCAUCUCAUCUUGGACUGUCUCUCCAAUGCUGACUGAACCGUAUGGAGCCAUGUCGGUGGGGUCAGACCUGUGUGACCUGACCCUCUUACCACCAGCGCCUCCCGUUGCCGGCUGUGGGAUGUCUGUUGGCGGUGGCCAGUGGACCCAACUGCUGGACCUUCACCCCGGCUCUCCGUACGGCUCCCUGAACUCCCACCACUCCCUGAUCAAGCAGGAGCCGGGCUGGGGGUCCCCCGACCCCUUGGAGGAUCCUCACUGUGGACUCGGGGCCUUCACGGUGCACUUCUCCGGCCAGUUCUCAGGUUCAGGUCCCUGUCGGGUCAGCGCCUUCGGGGAGCCGACAGCAAGUCAGACACGGAUGUUUUCCAACGGAGCCUACCUACCUGGCUGUGUGGACAGCUCCCCUGCACCCAGGAACCAGGGUUAUGGAUCGGUGGGUUUCGACAGCAACCCCAGUUACGGUCACACACCAUCUCACCAUACCCCUCAGCUCUCCAGCCUCUCAUUCAAGCACGAGGACGCGCUGUCACUGCCAAACAACAUAGUGGACCAACAGUGCCCGGCCAAUACCAUGUUUAGCUGCUACAGUCCGCCAGAAUCCUGCCCGAGCAGCCAGGCGCUGCUGCUGAGAAACUACAACAGUGAUAACCUGUACCAAAUGGCAUCUCAGCUGGAGUGCGUCACAUGGAACCAGAUGAAUUCCCUCGCAUCAUCCAUUAAGAGCCAUGCAACCAGCUACGACAGUGACCCCACGGCCCCGACCCCACCCAUGCUUGUAAGCGCCCAGUACCACAUACACACACAUGGUGUGGUCAGGGGACUCCAGGAUAUCAGACAGGUACCUGCUCUAACUCCUCCAGCUGUGAAGUCCUCAGAAGCCAGUGAGAAGCGUCCUUUUGUGUGUGCUUAUCCUGGCUGCAGCAAGAGAUAUUUCAAACUGUCACAUCUGCAGAUGCACGGCAGGAAACACACAGGGGAGAAGCCUUACCAGUGCGAUGUCACAGAAUGUGGCCGCAGAUUCUCUCGCUCAGACCAGUUAAAGAGACACCAGCGCAGGCACACAGGAGUGAAGCCCUUUCAGUGUGAGACGUGUCAGAGAAAGUUCUCACGGUCAGAUCAUCUUAAGACGCACACUCGGACUCAUACAGGUAAAACAAGUGAGAAGCCCUUUACCUGCCGCUGGUCCAACUGUCAGAAGAAGUUUGCCCGCUCUGACGAGCUGGUGCGCCACCACAGCAUGCACCAGAGGAACCUGACCAAGCUGCAGCCUGCCAUCUGAGCAACAAGACGAGGAGGAGGAUGAGGAGGAAGGCAGCAAUAUGUUGUGCCAGCCAGCAGAGAAAGGCGCCUGGAGCCUGGAGCCUGGUCAGCAUUUAUGAUGCCUUGGCAGAGUCACUGAUGUGGUGCACAGCUGAUGCCUGCCUCACUCAGAUACACAAUGUCAGGAGGAGAAACUCACUGAAGACACUCUGACGUAAAGACCCGCACCUCAACUAGCACUCUUUCUGAUUAUGUGACGUUAAAACUCACAUUUUGGGAGGGCCGGACACUGCAGUCAUUCUGAGCCCAGGAGGCCUUUUUUUCAAUGCAAAAUGAGGAAAACAUUGACAUACUAUUUUUGUAUGCUUGCACUGGCUUUGUUUUUAUUUCAAAAAAACGAUUUGAUCUUGUAAAUGUGCUGGAAGUUUCAAACUGGAUGUAGGAAUUUUACAGUUUGUUACUUUUUGUCCACAAAGUUGAGACUUUUUUCUUUGGAGAAUGUUAUCGUUUUAGCAUUCUCAGUGUACAUGACACUCACCAAACUCCUUUGUAUAUAUGUGGUGCAUUUUUUUAUUUUAUUUUUCUUACCAGGCAAUCUUUUAGCAUUUUAUAUAUUCAUUUUGGUUAAUAAAUUCUCGAUUCACAUUUUAAAUCAAGGGUAAAAGUGUUUGCAGGUGUGCAUGCUCUCGGAUAUAGAGGCAACGACAAGGCUACAAGCAAAAGGGGUGCAGGAGAGGGGAGAAACAAUAAAACAGCCGACCUCCGUGACUGUUAGAAGAUGCAAGUCUCGUCUUUCUAAGUCUUAGACACACAUCUUUACUACCAGAAACAUCUGGAACCCAGUAAAUCUCAUUAGAAAAGACUCAUACCUGAGUGUCAGCAGACUGCCCCCCACCGACUACUCCUGAAACAUACAGGACUGUCUCAGAAAAUUAGAAUAUUUUGAUAAAGUUCUUUAUUUUCUGU